AUGAUUGCAGCAAAAUGCGUGUUGAUGUGUCAGUCGUCGAAGAAGGACUUCUUCAAAAAAUUCCUGUAUGAGCCGUUACCAGUUGAAUCACAUCUUGAUCACUGCCUACAUGAUCAUUUCAAUGCAGAGAUUGUUACCAAAACAAUUGAGAACAAACAAGACGCAAUCGAUUAUCUUACUUGGACCUUCUUAUAUCGUCGCAUGACCCAAAAUCCCAACUAUUACAAUUUGCAAGAGAUUUCGCAUCGACAUCUGUCAGACGCUUUGUCGGAACUCGUUGAGUUGACACUAAAGGAUCUGGAGAAUAGCAAGUGCAUUGCGAUUAAAGAUGAUAUGGAUACUAUGCCACUGAAUCUGGGUAUGAUUGCUGCGUACUACUACAUUUCUUACACUACCAUAGAGCUUUUCUCAAUGUCGUUGCAAGCUAAAACCAAGUUGCGAGCACUUAUUGAAAUCAUUGCAAAUGCAAGUGAGUUCGCUUCAAUACCCAUGCGACAUCGUGAAGACCUUGUAAUGAAGCAACUUGCUGCUCGUCUACCUGGACAACUGAAGAAUCAGAAGUUUUCUGAUCCGCAUGUGAAGGUGAAUUUGCUGAUCCACGCCCACCUUUCUCGCAUCCAACUGUCAGCUGAGCUCAGCAAGGACACCGAUAUGGUAGUGUUAAAGGCCAUUCGUCUUGUGCAAGCUUGCGUUGAUGUCCUUUCCAGCAACGGUUGGCUCUCGCCAGCGAUUCACGCUAUGGAGUUGUCGCAAAUGUUGACUCAAGCGAUGUACAGUAAUGAAUCAUACCUGAAGCAGCUUACGAGCUAA